CACCUUCCCCCUUUCCUUCCUUCCUUCCUUCGCGCCGUCUCUGCGAUCUCACAAAACUUGGAUUUCAAAAAAUGGGUCGAUUUCGUUUCAAAAUAUGCUAAUCAGUUCAGAGCUUCACUAUCCCAUCCAUGGAAAUGAAGAAACAGAAGCUUGUGAGGUUUUACAAAGAUGGGAAAUUACACCCUGAAAAUUCAUGGGUAAACAAUGAGAAACAAUUGCCUGUUUUUAAAUCUGAAGCGAUUGGAAAUGGGAAUGUUGAAUUUGGGAAAAGUAAGGUUUUACCGACAGGAAAUCAUGAGGGUUGGAGAUACACGAUUCUUGAUCCAGGAAGUGAGGUUUUUCUGAAAUGGAAUAGAAUCUUUAUGUUCUCUUGUUUGAUGGCUCUCUUUGUUGAUCCACUGUUCUUCUAUCUUCCUUCUGUAAUUAAUGGUGGAGAUGGAAAAUCAUCUUGUAUGACUACUGAUCUGAAUCUUGGCAUAACUGUUACUUGUUUUCGAACAUUGGCCGAUCUCUUCUAUCUUCUACAUGUUAUUGUCAAAUUCAGGACAGCUUAUGUUUCUCCUAAAACUAGGGUUUUUGGAAGAGGUGAACUUGUUAAGGAUCCUAAGAUGAUUGCUUUAAGGUAUUUGAAGUCUGAUUUCUUCGUUGAUGCCAUCGCUACGCUUCCGCUUCCUCAGAUUGUCAUAUGGUUCAUCAUUCCCGCGAUUAAAAGCUCUCACGCCGAUCAUACAAAUAACGCGAUUGUUCUUAUCGUACUUCUCCAGUAUAUUCCGAGGUUAUAUUUGGUAUUUCCAUUGAGUUCCGAGAUCAUCAAAGCUGCCGGAGUAGUCACAAAGACUGCAUGGGCUGGUGCUGCUUAUAAUCUUAUGCUAUACAUGUUAGCUAGUCAUAUCUUAGGGGCGUCUUGGUAUUUGUUAUCGAUCGAGCGACAAGCUUCGUGCUGGAAAUCGGCUUGUAGACAUGAAUCAAGCCCGACCAAAUGCUCUCUCGGUUUCUUGGAUUGUGGUUCUCUUAAUGAUGCAAGCCGUGUGGCGUGGGCAAAUGUGACCGCGGUAUUUGGAAACUGCGAUCCGAGUAACGAUAAUAUUAGUUUCAAGUUCGGGAUAUUUGGGAAUGCGGUUACGAAUGGGGUCGUCUCGACUAAGUUUCUUGAAAAAUAUUUCUAUUGCUUGUGGUGGGGUUUGCAAAAUUUAAGUUCGUAUGGACAAUCUCUGCAAACAAGCACGUUUAUCGGGGAAACCGUGUUUGCCAUACUUAUUGCGAUCCUAGGUUUGGUUUUAUUCGCGCACUUGAUUGGAAAUAUGCAGACUUACUUGCAAUCUAUUACGGUGAGACUUGAAGAGUGGAGGUUAAGGAGACGAGAUACCGAAGAAUGGAUGAGACAUCGACAACUCCCUCCCGAUUUACAAGAACGAGUACGACGAUUUAUCCAAUACAAGUGGCUUGCCACGAGGGGAGUUCACGAAGAAACUAUUUUACAUGGCUUGCCUACCGAUUUACGUCGAGACAUCCAACGCCACCUUUGUUUGGACCUCAUUAAACGGGUUCCAUUUUUCUCCCAAAUGGAUGAUCAACUUCUCGACGCGAUAUGCGAGCGUCUCGGAUCAUCCUUAAGUACCCAAGGAACAUGUAUUGUACGAGAAGGCGAUCCCGUGAAUGAAAUGCAAUUCAUUAUCCGAGGUAGGUUAGAGAGUUCGACUACAAACGGUGGAAGAACCGGUUUCUUCAAUUCAACCACUUUAAGACAAGGAGAUUUUUGUGGUGAAGAACUACUCUCGUGGGCAUUACUUCCCAAACCGGGUGUCAACUUACCAUCUUCAACUAGAACCGUGAGGGCUCUAGUUGAAGUUGAGGCUUUCGUUUUGCUAGCCGAAGAUCUAAAGUUCGUCGCGAAUCAAUUUAGACGUCUCCAUUCCAAAAAGUUACAACACACAUUUAGAUAUUAUUCUCAUCAUUGGAGGGCAUGGGCUGCUUGUUUCAUUCAGGCAGCUUGGCGAAGACAUAAGAAGAGAAAGACGGCUCAUUCCUUAAGUUUGAGAGAAUCGUUUAGUUACAUGAAUCCCGAUGAUGAGGAAGAGGAAGUAGCGACAAUUCUCGAGGAUACUCAAAAUGUAAUAGCGAAUAAUUCUUCGCAAGCUAAGCAGAACAUAGGAAUAUUGGCAUCGCGGUUCGCUGCUAAUACGAGAAAAGGAGCUCUAAAGGCUAAGGAUGUUGGCUUACCGAAGUUGAAGAAACCGGAAGAGCCCGACUUUUCGGUCGAACCAGAUGAAGACUAAAGCUUCUCAUAGUUUAACAGACCAUCAGUGUAAAUGAAUUUGAUUUGAUGUGAUGUUCCUUUUUCUUGUAGAGUGGAUUAUGAUAAUAUUGUGAUGAAGCUUGAUCAUGUUUUUU